GUUAUGAAUAAGGAUAUCAACCCCAUAUAAAUCACAAAACAUCAAUAUUCCCCUUAGAUUCAGAAAUAGAGUUUGCAAUCCCUGAAAAUAGUGGUUCCUAUUUGCAUUAUCUUUUCAUUAUGUAGCAUAGUCAUAGCAUUCAUGUGGUACAGAUCUAAUGGGUUGACUGAAUAUUUGCUUUUGGGACUUAAUAAUGUAAUUUCCUAAAUAAAUUAAAGGUAGCCAUAUUGAUAGUAUGCAUCUUUUCCUUUUAUUGGAGUUUAACAUUUCAAAUAGUAAGAGAUUUGAUUAAUCAGCAAGAGGGAUAUCCACUAUCAACCAUUCCUUAUUUUCAUUCUCUCUUCACAUAAAUACUCUGUGCAAUCUAAACUGCCUUAGCAUUAAGCUUAAUUGAAUACAAUUCAUACAAUCAAUUUAUUUUGAUACUCCCAUUAACUAUUAUAGAAAUAUUUUUACUUCUUUAUCUAGCUAAUGUGAGUAGAUAAUUCAAUAUUAGAGAAUACGGAGUUCAAAGAUUGAUUGUUUAUGCUAGUUCUGCUAUUAAUCUAAUAUUUUUGGCAUUUGCAGCUUAUUACCUCAAAAAAGUAUAAAUUUCAUAUAGCUUAGGUUAUCUCUUAAAUUAAUUAUUAAAUGUAUUAGGUUUCAAGUACUAAUAUUGAAAUUUCAUUCAUCAAAAUUAUUCUAUUGACUUUCUUUCUAUUAAGUAUCCUUGUUGCUAUAUUUAAUGUCAAGAAAAUUAAAGCUUAUUUUGUUACUCUAAGUUACAUUGUUAUUGGUCUUUGUAUCAUGGCAGCUUGUGUAAAUGGUUUGCUAAUCAGAAGAAUCCAAUCCUUAAAUUUAGAAUUAUCUCUACCUAAUGGUUGUAGAUUUGCUAUGUAGACAAUAUCUGAAAUAAGUUUAAAAGAUGAAUUAUAAUGCUCAUAAAAAUAUUUAAAUUUAGAUCUAUCACCAUAUUUACCUUGUGAUUAAGAUCAAUAAUCAUAUGAAUGGGAAUCGAAUACUAAUAACAAAUUGGGAUGCAUUAACUUAAAUUGUUGCAAGGCUGUUUAAAAUUACCUAUUUAGUCCAAUAAAUAGUCUUACUAUUUGGAUUAAUUUAAUCAUUAUGAUUGGAUUAGUCUAAUCAUUUAAUGGAGCUAUAUUAUCAGAAAGUACAUUUAAAAAAUACAAAAUGCACAUUGUUGGAGAUGGUGUAGUCUUUAUUGUUUUACUAAUAUUUGCUGUUUUAGCAGUAUGUACAUACAAUUUCACACCUGAUUUAGAAAUAAGAAUUUAGCAUGCUCUUGUUAAGUAAGACUUAUUUACUAUUAAAAAAUUAGAGAAUAAUCUGUUUUAAAUUAAAUAACUAUUUUACCAACACCUGUAUACAAGGAUUUUGAUAAAUAAGAAAAACUUAUUGGAUUUCAUAAUUUAUAAAGUUGCCAAUAAAUUACUGCUGUUAUGUUAUAAAAAAUAAAUUUUUAAACCGAUAAUAAUAUGAAGGGGUAUAAUCAUAUCAUUAAUUAGAAUUAUUUUAGCAAUAUAAGGCACAAAUGGAUAAUUUACUAUUCUUAACGAAGAAAAUUCAUAGGAUUUGUCCAUUAUUGUAGAUAAUGAAUUAACAAAAGAAUUUUUCUAAGGCUAAACAUAAUUACAUGAUAGGAUAUUGAUAAAAGGGAAUGUAGUAGAAGCUGAGAAAUUCAUGAAAAAUAAUUUAUAUUUCUGUUCUGAUUAUCCUUUGAAUGCAGAUUUUGAAAUAUUAAAAGAAUUUUAUGAAAUCCCAAAAAAAAGAAUUUUAGAAGGAGUAUCAAAAGAAACAUAGAAAUUUGCAGAUUAGGCAUUUAAAUUUUAUGAUAUUAAAGUCACUAUUGAAGAUGCAAAUAAUUUUUAAUCUAUCUCAAAUAGUGUAAAUUUAAUAUAUUAUUUAGUAAAUUUAAAUUUAUGAUGGAAAAUUCUUAACAUAAUCUUGUUAAAUAAUAAAAUAAUUAGAAAGACCUUUAUAUGAAUUAAUUACUGAUGAGAAUGGAAGUGUUACACUAAAUAAUCUCAGUUAAGGCAAUACUUAUACAAUUAUGAUAUAUAAACCAAGUAAUUGAUAUUAUAAUAUUUAGAUUAUAAAAGGACAUGCUCAGUUUUAGAUUUAUAAAGAAGAAUACCAAAAACUAAUUAUAUAUUUAGAUUGACUAAUGGUAUUCAAAAACAUUCUGUAAGAGUUAUCUUAGAAUGGUCAUCAAAAUCAUUAAAUCUUGAUUUAUAUGGAAUUUUCAAAAUGAAUGAACAUGCAUGUUUAACAGGACCGUUGUCAAAAAGUUGUGGUGGAAUGGAACAUAUUUCAAUUUCAAAAUAAGAUUAACAUAUUGAAAUAUUGGAUAUAACAUAAUUAGAACCAUAUACAUAUACUUUAUUUGUGAAAAGAUUUCUAACUAGAUAAGAAUCCUUAGAUUUAUUAAAAAAAUAGGAAAUAAAUCAAGAUUGGAUUGAUUCUGAUCCACAUAUAACUGUAUAUCUAAAUGAAUUGAAGUAUCCUUUGGUAGAAUUUAGAUUACCAUAAAGUAUAAAUUUAAUAUAUAUAUAUAUAGUAACUAAUUAAUAAAUGGACAAAGUGGAUAUGACUUGGAUGGUAUUUUAAAUAGAUGGUAUUCAAUCAGAUGCUCCUAAUUCUAUAUAAAAGAUGAUUUCUGAAAUAUCAAAUGAUGAAAUAAAAAUGAAUACAUCAUCAAAGAAAUCAUAUUGGCCAAAUAUUUGA